UGCCUGGGGACGUGUAACGGACGGUGGGCCGCAGCCAUGGCCGAGAGGAAACCUAACGGUGGCAGCGGCGGCGCCUCCACCUCCUCGUCGGGCACCAACUUGCUCUUCUCCUCCUCGGCCACGGAGUUCAGCUUCAGCGUGCCCUUCAUCCCAGUCACCCAAGCCGCCGCUUCGCCGGCCUCCCUGCUCUUGCCCGGAGAGGAUUCCACAGAUGUUGGUGAGGAGGACAGCUUCCUUGGUCAGACUAAUGUUCACACGUCUACCCCACCGACGUUUAGUUACUUCUCUCAGGUAUCAAGCAGCAGUGAUCCUUUUGGGAACAUUGGGCAGUCACCGUUAACAACUGCAACUGCAUCCGUUGGACAAUCCGCGUUCUCCAAGCUCCCGACUGCUCUCCCUUUUACAACCGGAUCCCAAGAUGUGUUGAAUGCAUUUUCACCAUCUGUUUCGAAGGCUCAAUAUGGUGCUCCACCCUGCUCACAGAUGGGAGUAAAUACUUACCUGCCUUCUCAGCCAAGCAAUCUCCCUCCUUCAAAUUUUGGGAGCCCACCCCAAGGAGCUCCCCAACCGGGAUACAAUCCAUAUCGCCACACCCCUGUCAGCAGCAGGGCUAAUCCUUACAUUGCACCACCACAGCUGCAGCAGUGCCAAACACCAGCCCAUCCCUCUCCUCCUCCACCAUCUGGACCCCCUGUUCAGAUGUACCAGACGCCUCCAGGAUCUCUGCCACUGAUUCCUCCUUCAGCGCAGUCACCAACACAGCAGCAGGUACUUGCUAGACCUGCAAGUCCCUCUGUACAGGUACCAUCUCCUUUUCUACUUCAAAACCAGUAUGAACCUGUUCGGCCCCACUGGUUUUACUGCAAGGAGGUAGAAUACAAACAACUAUGGAUGCCUUUUAGUAUGUUUGACUCUUUGAAUCUUGAAGAAAUAUAUAAUUCAGUCCAGCCAGACCCUGAGAGUGUGGUUCUUGGCACGGAUGGCAGGCGCUAUGAUGUUCACCUCUAUGACCGAGUGAGGAAAGCUGUGUACUGGGAAGAGGAUCCAGCAGAAGUGAGACGCUGUACUUGGUUUUACAAGGGGGACACAGAUAGCAGAUUUAUUCCCUACACAGAGGAGUUCAGUGAAAAACUUGAGGCUGAAUAUAAAAAAGCUGUAACCACGAAUCAGUGGCACCGCAGAUUAGAGUUUCCAAGUGGAGAGACAAUUGUUAUGCACAAUCCAAAGGUUAUUGUUCAGUUCCAGCCUUCCUCAGUGCCAGAUGAAUGGGGGACCACACAAGAUGGACAGACAAGGCCCAGGGUUGUAAAGCGUGGAAUUGAUGAUAACCUUGAUGAAAUUCCUGAUGGGGAAAUGCCUCAGGUUGAUCAUUUGGUGUUCAUGGUACAUGGCAUCGGACCUGUGUGUGACUUACGCUUUAGGAGCAUUAUUGAAUGUGUGGAUGAUUUUAGGGUGGUUUCUCUCAAAUUGCUGCAGACACAUUUCAAGAAAUCUUUAGAUGAUGGGAAAGUAAGCAGAGUGGAGUUCCUUCCAGUUCAUUGGCAUAGUUCCUUGAGUGGGGAUGCCACUGGUGUUGACAGGAACAUCAAGAAAAUCACUUUACCAAGUAUUGGUCGGUUUCGUCACUUUACCAAUGAAACCUUGCUAGAUAUUUUAUUUUAUAAUAGCCCCACCUACUGUCAGGCAAUUGUGGAAAAAGUAGGAAUGGAGAUAAACCGUCUACAUGCACUUUUUAUGAGUCGGAACCCAGACUUCAAAGGAGGAGUCUCUGUUGCCGGUCACAGUUUAGGUUCUUUAAUAUUGUUCGACAUCCUGUCUAAUCAAAAAGAUUUAAAUUUAUCUAAGUCUCCUGGGCCUCUUGCUGUUGCUAAUGGAGUUAUGAAACAGCCACACUUUCAGGAAAGGCAGAUGCUCGAAGAGCCAAAGAUGACUUUGGAUGAGUCGUGUGACCUUGAUGUUGAAAAUGAAGAAGUUCUAACUUUGCAAGAAACUCUGGAUGUACUUAGCCUCUCUGAAUAUGUUAGCACUUUUGAAAAGGAAAAGAUUGAUAUGGAAUCUCUGUUUAUGUGUACAGUUGAUGACCUGAAGGAAAUGGGGAUACCCCUUGGACCCAGAAAGAAGAUAGCUAACUUUGUAAAACUUAAAGCAGCCAAACUGGAACACAAAAAAGCAGCAUCAGAAAAGAAGGCAGCGAUGGCCACAUCAACAAAAGGACAAGAGGAAAUUGCUCAGAAAACUAAAGAAAUGGCUUCUCUUUCCUCAGAAACUAAUGAGUCAAAGAGGAAACUUCCAGUUGGUGCUUAUGUUUCUUCUGUGCGUGUUGAUUAUGAGUCUUUCGAAGUUGGCACAGGACAGGUUUCUGUUAUUUACAAUUCAUUAGACUUUGAACCAGAGAUUUUCUUUGCCUUGGGAUCUCCAAUUGGUAUGUUUCUUACUGUUCGAGGAGUGGAUAGGAUUGAUGAGAACUACAGACUUCCUACCUGUAAAGGAUUUUUCAAUAUUUAUCAUCCGCUUGAUCCAGUGGCAUAUAGAUUAGAACCUAUGAUUGUUCCAGAAUUGGACCUCAAAGCAGUUCUCAUUCCACAUCACAAAGGCAGAAAAAGACUUCAUUUAGAGUUGAAAGAAAGUCUCUCUCGUAUGGGAUCUGAUUUGAAGCAAGGUUUUAUUAGCUCUCUGAAAAGUGCUUGGCAGACAUUAAAUGAGUUUGCCCGUGCUCAUACCUCUUCAACUCAAUUGCAAGAAGAACUGGAGAAGGUAGCCAAUCAAAUCAAAGAAGAAGAAGAAAAGCAAGUAGUUGAAGCAGAAAAGAUUGUUGAAAGUCCAGAUUUUUCCAAGGAUGAGGACUACUUAGGAAAGGUUGGAAUGUUAAAUGGAGGCCGCCGAAUUGACUACGUUCUUCAAGAAAAGCCAAUAGAGAGUUUUAAUGAAUAUCUUUUCGCUCUUCAGAGUCAUUUAUGCUAUUGGGAAUCUGAAGAUACUGCCCUCUUACUACUUAAAGAAAUUUAUCGAACAAUGAACAUUAGUCCAGAACAGCCACAGCAUUGAUCAGACUUCAGUUUUUCUGUACUUUAUUGUCUUCACAGAAAGUCCCAGUAUAAAUUACAUUGCUGAGAAAAUCCUCAGAGGACCUUCCCAGUUUGCUCCUGUGGUGGAUGACAGAAAAGCGAUUCAUCGACGGUUGCUCAGUUGAUCAUAUAAUUCUCUGAUGUAGGGAUUCAUUUAAGGAAAAUACACAGAACAAAAGGACAGUGAAAAAAUCAGUACCACAUUUGGAUAGUAUAGAUGAGAAAAUGUAAUUAUAAAAAUGAUGAAAUAAAAAAUUCUUCAGUUUAGUUGUAUAUUUGUCAAAGUUAUGUGUGAUAUCAAUGAGGAAAUAUUUGUAGCAUGCAAACGGUUAUUUUUGUUUCUUAAAAACUAUUGUCAGUGGGCUAUUAAACUUGCAUUUUUCUUUUUAUUAAUGUGGUAUGUUCUUUUUAUUCAAGUAUGGACUUCUUGAGAAACUAUAGUAAUAUGACUUUGAAGAAAUUUAUGUUCUACUUUAAAUGUGAAUUGUAGUUCUGAGCUGCCUUAAUGAAGGGUUAUUUGUAUUUGUUAGGAGAAAGUAACCAAGAUCACUUAUCUUUCACCCUGAAUCUGAGGCUUCAUAAAGCCUUCAGGCUAUUGCUGAGAGCCUAGUUGUGAAAGCAAGUGAAGAGCUCCUGUGAAGAGCUCGCCUAGCAGCCUCUCCAGUAGGAGAGGGGAGCAAAUGAGGGCUUUGCCAUUUUAUCAUCGGAGGUGGCUGAAGUUCCAAUUAAUGUGAGAAGACCAAAGUAGAGUUUGUUUUUCGCUUUGUAUUAAUUUCACUUAUACCAAAGUGUUCCAAAGUACGAAAUGUAUUGCUUUGAGGGUGGAAAGCUAUUUCAUGAAAAGACUGCUUUGUAAUAUUUCACUUUGUUUACUAAACAUUCAAAUUAUCUAAAUAUUUUCCUAAUACAUGAGAAUGCUGAUUUUCUUCUUUUGUUAUGUAGUAAAAACAUUUAUAUUGUUUACAUAGUUCUCAUGGAACAUGGAAUUUUUUGAAAGCAACAUGAUACACAUUUUUCGUGUAUAUACUCUAAUUAGUGUGAAUAAAGCAGUAAUAUCAAUGCAUUUUUUUAAGCAGCAAACUUCUGUAUUUCUCUUGUCUUCCUUCAAAGUAUUCCUGUGAGUUCAGUGUUCAUUCUCUUUCACUGUGAGUACCUGCUAGAUAGUACAUAAAUAACUUCACAUUUGCUCCUAGUAACAGAAUGAGAAGAGUAAAAUUUUACAGCUGCAGUUGACCCCAGACAACAUAUAUAUUCCAACAACCUCAUUCUGUAGCUGAGAACAUGACACUAAAUACCUUUCCCAGACUGGUAAGUGGCAAGUCUGGGCUGGAAUAUGGUUUCCUUGGCUCCCUUUUGGCCUUCAUCUACUACUUUUCACUUAAUUUUUACUUAACUUCCCAAUACUGAUGAAUAAAGAAAAGUGAGGGUUAUUUAUGUAUAUUUUAAUAAAAUCUAGUUUGAUUUUUCAACUUAA